CAGUGCCGUAGAACGCAAGGGGAAGCAGCUGGUGCAUAGCGAUUGAUAUUGAUUUGAAGCACGCGGAGCCGGUUGCCGGGCAGUCACGGGCCAAGCGUACGCCGAACAGGAGGCCGGACACAAAUGCCUCCCGAGUGCGAGGAAAUAGAGGACCAUGGCGUGCCAGAGAAGAUUUCCUGCAUUGAUGGCACGAUGAAGGAAUAUCUACGGUUCCAGACACUCCCCACACUAUCCGGUCGUCGAACAAUGGUAAAUAAACUCUGGUGUCAGGAGGCAGCAAGGAAGUGGUUCUGUAAGAAAGACCAGCCACCACAUUCACGAAUCUUCUCCGAACCAAAAUGUCAAAAACACGUAGCCACCUGGUACCUACUUUAUCGUUGGUUAAUUUUCAUGGCAUGGGCUUCUAUUAUAGUGUGUUCAAUCUUCGAAUUCGGCAGCUACCAACCAAGACCAGUAUAUGACACAUGGCCAAUAUACUUGACCAAUUGGGAUUUAGUGUUAGGUGUCAGUCAAGCUUUCCUUGGUGGUUUUCUUGUAUUGAAAAGAUGGAAACUGCAAAAAGUAUCAGAUUUCGAUCCUUCUGUGUUAAUGCUAGGAUCGAUAGACAUGGUUUAUUGGUUCCUUUAUGUUGUAACCACUAGUAUUGCAUUUGGAGUUACAAUUACUUACUGGUCUAGCAUAUUCGAUCCAAGGAUUCACCAUCUGGAUCCUCUAAAUAUUAUGCUACACAUAUGUAACAGUAUUUUAAUGAUAGUAGAUUUUUGUAUCACGAGCAUUCCGUUUAGAUUAAGAAACUUUUGGUGGAGUUUAAUUAUAGUAAUUUUGUACGUUAUAUUUUCGAUAUUAUAUUAUUUAGCUGGUGGAGUAGAUAAGCAUGGUUACCACUAUAUUUAUAAAAUCCUCGAUUGGAAAAAGCCUGUCCAAGCUUCGUUGGUAUGUAUAGGUGAAGCUAUCUUCAUAACUAUAUUACAUUCACUAAUGUAUUUCCUAGAGAAAAUAAAGAAUCGAUUGUAUUUGAAAAUCGAUAUAAAACUAGGAAGACCGUAUACAGAAACACAAAUGUUCAGUGCAGAAAAAUGUACCGAUAUUGUUUGA